GAAAAGCAAAAAACAGAUGUUAUAUUUUUGAAUACUUGUAAACACGUAAACCAGACAAGGGGAAAAUUUUCAAAAUUUAGCAAAAAUAAGCCGGAAAUUCGCAACGAAAAAGUCAACAAACAAGUUUAUCGAUAGUUCGCCCAGCUGAUUUGAUGUUUAUUUAUGGUCAAAAUAUUGCUAUCUUGAGAGAGGAAGUACCCCUAGCGCUUGAAUUUCAUUAGAUUAGUCAUGAACGUCACAAGCCAAAGUCUUUAGCGUUAUCUAUAUAAAUCACAGCGCCGUCGUGAUUUGACUUUUGGAAUCCAAUUUCCUUUUUGAAGGCAAGAACUCGGGAACCACGUGCUAUCAAAGCUCCCCCGCGAAUAACUAUACAUAUUAUAUAUUAUAUAUUUGGAAUCCGGAUUAGACCGAUAACAAGUUGCCCAAAUAUAAUCAGAGGCACGGGUUGUUAAUGGAUUUUCUGUUUACGCCCCGAAACCAUUCAGUAAUCAAGCGAUAAGACGGAUUGGCAACCGGUGUUCCGCUUUCAUUUGUUAUUAAAUAUUCAGCCAUGUCCGCGAACGGAGUGGAUAUUCCCGCACUGAAGACCAAUGGUCACGAGAGACUCACAUCGCUGGACAAGGGCAUGCCGCCGGCGUCACCCACCUUACCGAGUCCCACGAUCCGGAGGAACAAGAGCGAUGGCAAGCUGAUGGCCCAGGAUGUGAAGGAAGCUCGGGUGAAGGUCAUAUACACGGGCGGAACCAUCGGAAUGGUGCGCAACGACCGGAACGUGCUGGCUCCCAUUCCCAAUGCCCUGGUGCGCAGCAUUCGGAAGUAUCCAAACAUCCACGAUGAGGAGUACGCCUUGCGACGCUUUGGGACGUCCGCAUCGAUGGCCCCACUGGUUCUGCCCUUUGUUCAGGGCGUGGACCGCAGGAUUAUCUAUCAGAUCACAGAAUAUGCACCGCUGCUGGACAGCAGUAAUAUGACGAUGAACGACUGGGCUCGAAUUGCCAGUGAUAUUCAGCAAUCCUACGAGUUCUUCGAUGGCUUUGUGGUGCUCCACGGCACCGAUACACUUUCGUACACGGCCUCUGCCUUGUCGUUUAUGCUGGAGAAUCUGGGCAAGACGGUGAUCAUCACGGGCUCCCAAAUUCCCAUUUUCGAGACGCGAACCGAUGGCAAGGAUAACUUCACGUCGGCCUUGAUUAUAGCCGGUAAUUUUAUCAUUCCGGAGGUGUGCAUCCUGUUUGGCCACAAGCUCAUGCGCGGCAAUCGGACGGUGAAGGUCAGCUCGAAUGCCCUGGACGCCUUCGAUUCACCGAAUGUUCCACCGCUGGCGAGGAUCGGCAUCGAUGUGAAUGUGGACUACCGUCAGAUUUUCCGGCCGUGCAGUAUUGAAAGAUUUUGCGUUCAUCUGAAUCUUGAUGAGAACGUUGGUUUGCUGCGAAUUUUCCCGAGCAUUUCGCACUCCACGUUUCGUGCAUUCUUGGCUCCACCGAUCCGCGGCGUCGUCCUGCAAUCCUUUGGAUCUGGAAACAUCCCCUCGAAUCGAACGGACUUGAUCGACGAACUGCGGGCUGCCGAUGAACGGGGUGUGAUCAUCAUAAAUUGUACGCAGUGUCCCAAUGGCACAGUGGCCGAAAUUUACGAUACGGGAAAAGUGCUCUGCGAUGUGGGCGUCAUUCCUGGUUACGACAUGACCCCCGAGGCGGCGCUCUCCAAGUUGGCCUAUGUCAUUGGGAAGGAAGAUUGGUCAUUGGAGGUCAAAAAGCAGAUGAUGCAGUCAAACUUGAGGGGCGAACUGACAUCCCUUAAGGCACCUAAGAUGGAGGACUACGAUCUGGUGGAUGCGGUGGCGCGAUCUUUGCACUUAUCCUCGCCCCAAGAACUUGAUCAACUGGGCGAAACCCUCUUCCCGGCGAUGAUAAAUGCCGCCGUAGCGGAGGCCGAUCUCAAGAAGAUCAACAAUCUAAAGGCCUAUGGAGCCGAUUUGUCUGGCACGAAUCAUGAUCAGCGGACGGCGUUGCACUUGGCCUGUCAGCUGGGAAACGUGGAGAUCGUGAAGUACCUUCUGCAGAAUGGCGUAUCCGUGCAUGUGAGGGAUCGCUAUGAUCGCACGCCGCUGCUGGAGGCCGUGUCCACCGAUAGUCACGAGAUCAUCCAGCUGCUGAUCAACUGCGGUUCCCAUUUGACGGGAUCUUCGCGUGCGGUUGGCGAGCAGCUUUGUGCGGCCGCCGCUCGAGGAUCGAUGGUCAGAUUGAAGUCCUACCAGCUGGCUGGUGCUGACCUGGCCCAAUCGGAUCCUUCGGGCAGGACUGCGUUGCAUGUGGCUGCACUGCAUGGAUUUCUGGAGGUGGUGCAAUACGUUCUCCCGUAUUUCGAGAAUCCUCACGAGAAGGACAUGCUCGGAUUGAGCGCCUUGGAGUAUGCGGAACGUGGCGGGCAUGCAGCAAUUAUAGAGGCUCUAAAAAAAUCCCUCUAACUCAGGAACUUUCCAAAGAAAUCUCUUCCAAACCAUAACUCACAGAAAUUGUUCCUAAACCAUGAGGACGACCUGUUUAAAUUAAUUGCAUUUUAACCAGAUUUUGUAAAUUCAAAGUCCUAGAGGCUUUUGGCACAUCGAGUUUCGAUAUUUUUGUACUUAAGUAUCGCAUCUAGUCUGGUGGUUCCUUAUUAUGUUUUUGUGUAGCUCACAUAUUAUAUUUUAUGUUUAACACAGCUAUUUUAAUAGCAUAAUUUUUUGAUUGCUAUUUAAAGCUUUACCUCAAACUCAUGCUUGAUUUUUAUGUUUAAAUAAGAAAUAAUGUUAUCUGUCACUUGACCUUUGUUUUCAAUAGUUUUAAUUUAUUUAUAAAACUCUAGUGGUUUUCAGUGUUAUAUAUAAAUGAUGGUUUAAUAUAUUAAAAAUGUCACCGCU